AAUUAGUGCAAUUUUCGUUGGUUUGGUGUAGAGCUGAAAAUACUCUGUUUUUAGUGUCUCUGUCUGAAAUUGAAAAAUUAACUGGGAAUGAGUCUGAGGGAAUUUGAAUGUGGAAUUUAUUUCAUUGAAAGCUCUAUAUCCUAGCUUCACUUUAAAAUUGGUUUGGUCAAUUUUGGACGUGGGAAGUGUCCUGUGGAAAUUUUACAAUCUAACAAGGUCCAGGGAGCCAUUACAGAGGAUUCCCAAAACCCUGUUUCAACUUUGAGUUAGCAUAUCUUCCUCUUUGUGCGUUCAAAUUGAUUGAUUCCAGUUUCAUUUUUCUUAUCGCUGUCUUAUCUUUGUUUCUUGUGUUUAGGAUUUUCUUCAAUUUUUCCAUUUUCCUAUUUGAAAGUUUGUUAGAAGCUCUGAAGGUCUUCUGGACGAAAUCCUGUUUCUCCAGACUUGAGGACCAACUUGUGAAAAAUUCUGGGAACGAUUGGGAAGGAUUUUUAAUCUAAAAGUUUUAUAUAAUUUUCCUGUAUAUCUCUUGUGUUUCUCAUAAAAGUUUCAGGGGAAUUUAUCAUGUGGAUUUGCUGAUAGAAAAUUCACAAGUUCACUGUCUCCAGAGAGCCUACUGUGCGAAUUCCAGAAUUGCCAAAGCUUCUUGAUUGAGCAUUUCUAACUCUCUUUCUACUUGUUUGGUGUUAUUUUUUUUUCAUUUUGUUGCUAUUGAGUUUAAUAAAAAAAUAAAAAAAAAUUAUUUCUCUUGCUUUUGUGUGUUUUGAAUUGUUUCAUGUUGAUUUGCAUUUUAGUUUAGUUUGUUCUUUGUUCUUAAUUUUCUUGAGCUUGAUUAGUGCAUGACCCGAAGAAAACAUACCUCUUUUGUUGAAUUAGAUCCAGAAAUUGAAAGAACUAUUUCUAGAUUGAGAAGAUCACAACCUAUUCUUGAUUCUCAUUUGGUUUGUAAUUCAACAAUGGAAGGUAUCUUAGGACAUGAGCAUGUGCAUAAUGAGGGCCAUGGGAAUGGGAAUGAGAAUUUGCAUGAUGAUGGCCAUGUUAAUAAUGAAUUUGAAGGCUUGCAUAACCCUAGAGAGGAGAGGAGCAUUAGGCAAUUAACUCAACCUAAUUGGCAUGAUAAUCCUUAUGGCUUAUAUGUUCCUCCUACUAAUGUUCAAUUUGAAAUUAAAUCCUCCUUGAUUAAUGCAUUGCCUAAAUUUCAUGGGUUACCAGGAGAGGAUUGUCAUAGGUUUUUGCAUACUUUCCUAUUGGUUUGUGAUACUAUGAAGCCUAUGCAUGUAAAUGUUGAUGAUGUUCAAGCUAAGGCUUUUGUAUUUUCUCUUGAAGGUUUAGCAAAGGAAUGGUAUUUCAACUACCCUUUUUAUGUGAAAGUGAGCACAUGGGCCGAGCUAAGAAGACUCUUCUUAGAUAAAUUCUUUCCAAAUUCCAAGGUCACCAAUUUGAGAAAGCAAAUCUAUGGGGUCCAACAAGGAGAGGAUGAGAGUCUCUAUGAGUAUUGGACUAGAUUCCAAGGCCUUUUGGCUAAAUGCCCACACCAUCAAAUUUCUAGUGAGAAUUUAGUCCAAUAUUUCUAUGAGGGCUUGAUUCCAAGAGACAAAGUUAACAUUGAUGCCGCUAGUGGGGGAUGCUUAAUUGACCUCACUUCCUUAAAGGCUUGGGAACUAAUUGACAAGAUGGCUUCAAGUGGUGCUCAAUACUCUACAAGGGAAAAGAGAAAUGUGAAUAUGGUAGGUUCCUCAGUUCUUAAUGAUUCAUAUGUGGACUUGCUAGCUGCCAAGAUUGGGAGAAUGUUGGCUCCACAAAUAUCUCAAGUGAGCAAUGUAAGUACUUCUCAAGCACUUGUCCCUUAUUCUUGUACUUUUUGUGACUCACCUAUACAUGUAGAAAGCAAUUGUCCUAUUAAGUUUGAACAAGUAAAUGCUAUCUACAAUGGAAAACAAUCCUAUGGUGGGAGGCAAGUGCAAGGAGCUUAUUCUAAUACUUACAACCCUUCAUGGAGAGACCAUCCUAAUUUCUCCUAUUCAAAUCCAAAUGUGGCUUUACAAGACAAUCAACAAAGAGGAUCCUAUCAAAACACCUUUGGCCGUGACCCUCCACCUCAUUUGUCUCAAGGUAGCUCUUCUCAAAGCUACAAUCCAAGUGCCAAUGCUCAAGCCUCUACAUUACCAUCCAACACUGUUGCUAAUCCUAAAGCUAAUCUUAAUGCUAUCACAUUGAGGAGUGGCAAGGAGUUGGGAGAAAGAGUACAAGAAGACAAAAGACAAGGGAAGGCCGAGAAGCCCUCUUUAAAUUCUUCAAUUAAUGUUAAUGUUUCUAGUUCUUCUUUUGCUCCUAAUGAUGCAUCUUUUUGUAGAGAUGAUGAGGAUGAAAACAUUGAGGAGAUCAUAUGUGAGCAACCACCAUCUAAGGUGGAAAAGGGGACUAUGGCCGAGUUGUUUAGUAAGGAAAAAAAGGGAGAGGCCGAGCAAAGUGAAACAAGAAAGGAGAGUUCAAGAAAGGAAGAAGGAAGGCAAAGUCAAGAGAUUAUGAAGGAGCUUCCUUUUCCACAAGCACAAGUGGUCCCUAAGCAAGUGAAGGGACAAUUUGAUCAAGAGGCAUAUGAUUUCUUCCAUAAGAUUCAUGUUAAUAUACCCUUGAUGGAUGUAGUUAAGAACUUUCCUAAGUAUGCCAAAUUUUUGAAAGAUUGUUGUACAAAUAAAAGAAAAUUUAGGCCUAAUGCAAGGGUACAAUUACCUUCAUCUGUGAGUGCUAUCAUGAAGCCUCAACUCCCUAUAAAAUGUGAGGACCCCGGUUCCUUCACAAUUCCAUGCAAGAUUGGCAACACACAUUUUUCUCAUGCAUUGAUAGACUUAGGUGCAGCCAUUAAUGUUAUGCCUCUUUCAAUUUAUCAUGCCUUGAGUCUUGAUUGCAUGCAUAAGACACCUAUGAUAUGCCAAUUAGCGGAUAGAAGUGUUAGAAGACCACAUGGAGUAGUAGAAGACUUGUUGGUUUGUGUUAAAGGUCUAUUAUUUCCUGUGGAUUUCUAUGUGCUUGAUAUGUCAAAAGAAGGGAGUGGGGAUGAUAUUUUGAUUUUAGGAAGGCCAUUUAUGAGGACUGCCCGUACAUUAAUUGACAUGGAAAAAGGUAGUUUGAUUUUGAAAUGUGGAGAGGAUCAUGUUAUUUUUAAUAUAUAUGAAGCAAUGAAACAUCCUUUUGAGGAUUAUUCUUUGUUAGGUGUAAGUUCCAUUGAGUUAUUGCUUCAUGAUGCUUGUGAGUCUCACAUGCUUGAUUCUUUCUCACAUGUUGAUGCUGAUUUGUCUCUUGUUACUACUACAUGUAUUGAUGGAUGUAGUUGUCCUAUUUGUUUAGAGAUUGAUGCAUGCUUGAAUGAUGCAACUACUUCUCCUCAUGAUUUGUUUAAAAUAUCUCCUAUGCUUGAUCUUGAAAUGCUUGAGAAGGGUAUAUCUUCUUGUGUUGUAGGUACUAAAGCCAUUAAGGCCGAAUCUAUGAGUUUUUCUCCACUCGAGCUUGAUGUUCUUAGGAUUCCCAAGCUAUUGGAGGAAAUUCUACACUUUCACAUGUCGAGGCCGUGGCUCAAGUCCAAGCACUUGAGGACAAGUUGCAAGAAAAGGGGGAGGCUGUAAAGAAAGAAGAGGAGAAAUCAAAAACAAGUGAGAAACCUAAAAGACAAGAUAGUACCAUGGAGUAUUCUAGCAAAUUAGACUUGAAGAAGCUCAUUCCCUCUUGUGUAGAGCCACCUACUUUGGCCUUUACCAUCCAAUCUUAAGUAUGCAUAUCUCAUUGAGAAUGAGAAGCUUCCGGUGAAGCGAGCACAAUAAGGAUAGGAAAGGAAACGAGAAAGGAUUAGCUUCAUUUCAGUAGUGAAAUAAAACAAGGAAAGGAAAUGCAUGAGAGAGAGAGAGAGAGGAGAAUAGAGGAGAAAGAGAGGAACUUAGGCUUGGAUCUAAGAGGUUUUAUGACGUUGCGAGCUCGGCUACACAAUAGG